CGUUUCACCCAGCAUACUCUCCGCCUGCCUCGUGAAAGCAGGGGGUCCGGUGGCUUUGCUUUGCGCGUUUGAGACAGCUCAGUUAUCACAGGGGAACUUCAGCGACGCGCAGACCGCAGAGCACUUCCGCUGCGCAACGCGUCUUUUAACGCACCUCUAACGCACGCGUAUCGUCUGUAACGUUAAGCAACGUCUCGGCGUCCUGCGGGAUGUUUUGCUCGAGAUUUGGAUUUGGAGGCAUUUAGGACUAAUCACGCAUCUGCGCAGCAAAGUUGGGAGUUUGUUUGUUGUUUGUUUAUUUUUCCGUCGCAAUGAACGGAAUGCGUGAGACGUUGAGCGUGCGCUGAGCGCGAGAAUAAUAAAAAAGGCUCGCGUUCGGAGAAGCUGAGAGCUGAUGGAAAUGAUGCACUGAACCGGGACCGUAAACGCGUCACCUGCCUGCUAGGGUGGUGUUUUUUUCCCCUGAAUUGUUUCUGAUUGUUCACUGGGAAAGAGGUGCGUGCGUGCAGCAUGCGUUCCACGCGCGCUCUUACCGGAUUCACCGGCGCGGCUCGCGGAUUCGUUAACGGAUUAUUUCAUCUCAGGGUUUGGUAAACCAGCUCGGACGACGGGGGGAAUAAUGGUGAGGAGAUGCCUGCUGAGCAUCAAACCGUUCAGGAUCUUCGUGGUGGGGAUCGGCUUCUUCAGCCUGUGCUUUUUAAUGACCUCUCUGGGAGGCCAGUUCUCGGCCAAACGUCUCACCGACUCUCCGUUCACUGCCCGCACCGAAGUGUUUGGAGGCGUGGAGUCCCGAGGUGUCCUGAGGAAGAUCAGUGACAUGCUGGAGGUCAUCAUGAAGAGGAUGGAGACUCUGUCGAGGCUGGAGAACGCUAAUGACUCGCGGCGUCUGGAGGAACUCAGCUCGGCCAUCAGCAGGAUUCAGCCAGCAGGACUGGUAGAGAGAAUUCAGGCCAUUGCCCAAAACGUGUCGAACAUGGCAGUGCGAGUGGAGCAGAUUCUUCAGAACAGCAUGGCAGCAUCAAGAGUUGUGAGAGAUGGAACGUCGAGUCAGUGUGAAGUUCCCAGAGACUCGAAAUACCCCGACUGCGCUAGCAAAGUGGAUUGGAUGAGGGCGCGCUGGACGUCGGAUCCGUGUUACGCCUUUUAUGGAGUGGACGGCUCGGAUUGCUCCUUCCUGAUUUACCUGAGUGAGGUGGAGUGGUUCUGCCCCCCGCUGGCCUGGAGGAACUACAGCACCACACCUGCAGUGCUGAAAAGCUCAGCUAAGAGACAAGCGGCGUUCCGUACAGAUCUCGGCGCUCUGUUGGAUCAGGUUGGAACAGGGAAAGAGUCUCUGAGCUUUAUGAAGAGACGGAUCCGCAGGCUGGCAUCGCAGUGGGCUACAGCUGCCCAGAGACUGGACCUGAAGCUGCAUGGACGAUGGAGGGAGCAGAAGAAGAUUCUGGUACAUGUGGGUUUCCUGACGGAGGAAUCGGGUGACGUUUUCAGUCCUAAGGUUCUAAAAGGCGGACCUUUAGGGGAGAUGGUGCAGUGGGCCGACAUCCUCACGGCUCUCUAUGUCCUCGGACACAACCUGAAGAUCUCCAUCUCAGUCAAGGAGCUGCAGGGGUUCCUCGGUGUGCCGCCUGGACGAGGAAGCUGCCCGCUGACUGGACCUUUGCCCUUUGACCUCAUCUACACCGACUACCAUGGCUUACAGCAGAUGAAGCAACACAUGGGGCUCUCCUUAAAAAAACACAAGUGCCAUAUUCGAGUCAUAGACACGUUCGGGACAGAGCCGGCAUAUAACCACGAGGAAUAUGCAACUUUACAUGGCUACAGGACCAACUGGGGAUACUGGAACCUCAACACCAGGCAAUACAUGACCAUGUUCCCCCACACCCCAGAUAACUCCUUCAUGGGCUUCGUAUCCGAGGAGCUGAAUGAGACGGAGAAGCACAACAUCCAGCAGAACAAAGUGAAGAACAUGGCCGUCGUCUACGGCAAGGAGGCCAGCAUGUGGAAGCUUCAGGGUAAAGAGAAGUUCCUGGAGAUUCUGCACCGCUAUAUGGAAGUCCAUGGGACGGUGUACUAUGAGACACAGCGCCCCCCUGAGGUCCCCGCCUUCGUUAAGAAUCAUGGACUGCUGCCUCAACAGGACCUCCAGCAGCUUCUACGCAAGGCCAAGCUCUUCAUCGGGUUCGGUUUUCCUUACGAAGGCCCCGCCCCUUUAGAAGCGAUAGCCAACGGGUGCAUUUUUCUUCAGCCCAAGUUUCGUCCUCCUCACAGCUCGCUCAAUCACGAGUUCUUCAGAGGAAAGCCAACGUCCAGAGAGGUCUCCUCUCAGCACCCGUAUGCUGAGCAGUACAUCGGCCGACCUCACGUCAUGACCGUGGACUUCAACAACUCGGAGGAGUUUGAAACCGCUGUGCGCGAGAUUAUGAGAAUGAAGGUGGAUCCUUUUCUGCCAUAUGAGUACACAUGUGAGGGAAUGCUGGAGAGAGUGCAUGCUUACAUUCAGCAUCAGGAUUUUUGUGGUCCAGAGGCUCCGUUUCCCCCCGCUAACGUGUCUGUGGUUUGGCCUGGAGGCAUGUUCAUGCGGGUCGAUGACUCGGGUCUUGUUUCUUGGGCAGUGAACUCAACAUCGCCGCCCUCCUGGCCUCCGCUGAACGCACUCAGACUCACCAUCUCGGCUGAGGGGCAGUCGUGUGUGGACGCCUGCAGGAGCUCAGACUUGGUGUGUGAACCUGCUUUCUUCCGCUUCAUCAAUAACAAGGAGGCGCUGAACAAGCUGCAGGUGCAGUGCGAAGUGGUGGAAUUUGAGAUGAAUCACAUUUUUCCGGCAUUUUCCACGACAGCGCAUGAGUGCGGCCUGCAGAAAGAGCCUCUGCUGUUCAGCUGCGCGGGGUUCGGAGCUAAGUACAGACGUGUGUGUCCUUGCAGGGACUUCCGUAAAGGACAAGUGGCACUGUGUCGGGAUUGCUUAUGACGGAUUUCUCCUGAGCUCCUGGAUUUUCCUGAAACCCUGACUGAUGUUGAGCACAAUAAAACUCUUCAAAAAAUCUGGGAAGCAGAGCAUAAAUUCCUAACCGAGGCUCCCGGCAAGACGUCCGUCUCCACUGUCCACUCCAAUAUUCACAGGACAGAAAAAAAGUCAUUCCGAUUCCCCUCCAAACAGGAAGUAAUAACCGACCAUACUUCCUGCAUCAUGUGUUUAUUUCCUGAGUUUAAAGCAGAAGAUCAGGCAACCCUGAUAGCACCGAUGUGUCCAUCAGAGCAAAGGUCAAACAAACUCUACACAACAGAGUGAACGAACUCGAAUUUCGAUCUGCAUAAAACAGACACGUGCGAAAGAAUAUUUUUUAAUCAAACUAAAAUAUUUGAAUGUAGACUGUGAAUUUUUAUGACUACAAAAGUUUGUGAUGUAACUUAUAUAACUAAUAAAAGACAGACACAUUUA